UGUUUACAUGACGUCAUUUCCCCAACGUCAUCUCCUAGAGCCGCCAUCUUGGCCGGUACCACGCGGGAUUUUGGACAAUUUACGCUUAUCUAGAGGGUCUAGGACCACUCAAUACAUAAAUAAGCAAACAGACAAAUAAAUAAUCAUGGAUCCGAAAAAACAGCAACUUCCUCCCAAGGAAAAUGCGCUAUUUAAGCGAAUUCUGAAAUGCUAUGAACAGAAACAGUACAAAAAUGGAUUGAAAUUUGCAAAACAAAUCCUGGCAAACUUUUCUGAUCAUGGAGAAACGCUUGCUAUGAAGGGGCUUAUACUGAAUUGCCUGGGGCGGAAAGAAGAUGCUUACAGCUUCGUCAGACAAGGCCUCCGCAACAAUCUGAAGAGUCAUGUCUGUUGGCAUGUGUUUGGAUUACUGCAACGAUCUGAUAAAAAGUAUGACGAAGCUAUCAAAUGUUACCGAAACGCUCUCAAAUGGGAUAAAGAUAAUCUUCAAAUAUUACGGGACCUAUCCCUUCUCCAAAUUCAAAUGAGAGACCUUGAUGGCUACAAGGAAACUCGGUAUAAAUUAUUUGAACUUCGACCCACACAACGUGCUUCAUGGAUUGGUUAUGCUAUGUCCUUCCAUCUCUUACAAGAUUAUGAUACAGCACUGAAGAUUCUAGAAGAAUUUAGGAAAACUAUUCAGAAAACUACGUAUGAUUAUGAGUACAGUGAACUUUUACUGUACCAGAAUCUUGUCAUAAGAGAGAGCAAGAAUUUACAUGAAGCAUUAAAACAUCUCAAUACUUAUGAAGCCAACAUCUGUGAUAAAGUCACGCUUCAAGAACUUAGAGGAGAAUUAUAUAUGAAAUUAGGAAGAAAAGGAGAUGCAUCAGAAGUCUACAGAGGUUUAAUCAAGCGUAACCCAGAGAAUCGCAACUACUACCUCAAGUUAGAGGAGGCCUUGGGGCUUGCCACAGUUGAAGAAAGACUAAAAUUAUAUGAAGAACUCAAAGAGAAGUUCCCCCGUGCUCAAGUGCCUAAGCGACUACCUCUCAAUUAUGCCAGAGGGGAAGAGCUUGAAUCCUUGUUAGACCCUUACCUAAGAGCAGCGUUACAGAAAGGCGUCCCUCCGCUCUUUACUGAUAUCCAAUCAUUGUACAGUGAUCCUGAUAAAAUCCAGAUUGUUGAGAAGCUCAUGAAUAGUUACCUGACGAAUUUGGAGGAAACGGGACACUUGUGUGAAACAGAUAAUGAGUUUAAGGAACCAGCCUCCAUCUUAUAUGUAUUGAUGUUCUUAGCGCAGCACCACAGUUACUUAGGAGAUAUAGAAAAAGCACUAGCACUCAUGGACCGGGCAUUAGAGCACACUCCAACCUUAAUAGAACUCUAUAUUGUCAAAGGCAAAAUACUAAAGCAUGCAGGUGAUUAUGUAGGUUCAUAUGAGGCCUUACAAGAAGCCCAAGCUCUUGACACCGCGGAUCGAUAUGUCAAUUCAAAGGCAGCAUCAUACCUUCUUAAAGCUAAUUUAGUCAGACAAGCAGAAGAAAUGUGCUCCAAGUUUACUAGAGAGGGUGUGACGGCAAUGGAGAACCUAAAUGAGAUGCAGUGUAUGUGGUUCCAAACAGAAUGUGCGCAAGCUUACUACCGCCUUGGCCAGUAUGGAGAUUCUCUUAGGAAAUGUCAUGAAGUGGAUAGGCAUUUUACGGAGAUAAUUGAGGACCAAUUUGACUUCCACACCUACUGUAUGAGGAAGAUGACUUUACGUUCCUAUGUUGAACUCCUUAGACUAGAAGAUGUUUUAAGGAGUAACAGAUUCUAUUGGGAUGCAGCACAGAUAGCAAUCACUAUUUACCUCAGGUUACAUGACCAGCCACUGUCAGCGAACACUGGGGAAAAUAAUAUCAAUACUGCGAACAUGGACCCUGCAGAACUCAAGAAGUUGCGUUCGAAGCAACGUAAAGCAGCCAAAAAGGCAGAACAAAACAAGGCUGAAGAAAAGAAGAAAGAGGAGAAGAAAGCAGAACACCAAAAAGCUAAAUCCGGGGGAAAUACGGAUGACCUAGAUAAUCAACCUGCAGAAGAUUUAGACCCCAGUAAGUUGGAACGAACUGAAGAUCCACUAGGAGAAGCCAUUCACUUCUUGAAGCCACUUCAAACUUUAGCACCCAAUAGAAUCCAAACUCACUUAAUGGCCUUUGAAAUAUAUCUGCGAAAAGGCAAACCAUUGCUCAUGCUACAGGCAUUAAAAAGGGCGCUAAAACUGGAACCUACCAACCCUGAACUCCAUACGUGUUUGAUACGAUUUUUGCAGUAUAGACAAGAUAAACUUACCAAUCAAUGUGGGACCAUUGUGGAUGUUAUCAACAGGGAAGUGACCCGACUCCUCCCAACAACAGAACCGAACAAGCUCAAUGAAGAUUUCUUAAAUAAUAACCAGGAGUCUCUCCCACAUAGGCUACAAGCUGCCCGUUCAAUGGUGCUUCUAGAUAGUGUACAACGUGAACGUGCUCUUUCCAUCGCAACAAUUCUUGACUCACAUCUACAUGACAGAACUCAUCAGAAUACGCAGCAAGUAUUAGAAUGGAUGGAAUCACGUGAGUUUGGGGCCACUCCGGAGCAGCUUAGCCAUUAUAAAGCACAGUGCCACGCCAUUUAUCCCCGUGCUCGAGCUUUUUGUCCUCCUCAGCCAGCCUCCACGUCCUCUACCAGUGACUCUACCAGUGAUUCUACCACCACCACUACCAUUACCACAACAUCCUCCACAGCCAACCAUAAUCAUGUGGACUCGCCCAGUAGCUGAAAUUCACUGCUAAUUCUCAACAUUAGACUUUGCAGAUUGCAGGGUUCUUCUAAGUGAUGUUGACACCAGGAUGCCGUGAUAUUGUGUAGAUACUAACCAGGGAAAUUAAAUUCAAAUGCUCUAAGCUGUCAAGCCUCAAUAACUUAAAAAUUCUGUUAACAAAGAAAUAGUGGAAGCAUAAGACAAAGUUGGACUAAAAUGAUCCUGGUAAUAAAGAUAUAUAGUGUACACAUAAACUUGGACAAAAGUUAUCAUGGUCAUUAAAAGGCAAUUUCUAUCUAUUUUGUUUGGUUAAAUUAUGAGCAUUAGCUCAUACAUACUUGUAUCAUACAUUUACACCUUGUUAAAGAAUUUAAAGUUGCUUUGUUGUUAAACAAACUUAUGAUUGACUACUACAGUUUUAUAUGUACAGUUUACAAAUCUUAAUUAUAUAGUGGUCAUCUUAAAAAACACUUCUAUACCUCCACAGUUCCUCUCAUGAAUGCUUAAGAUUACCAUCAUUUUGUAGCUGAAAGGAAAUGGAUUAUUUAUUACUUCUCCCCCCUCCCUGACAUUUUACAUGGUAUUAAAUUAUUCCAGAUAUUAUCAAGUAGUCAUCCUUAAAUGGAUACAGUAUAUUGGAGUUGAUGGAUGGCAGUCAAGACUGGAAGUUGGUAUUAAAUCCGAGUUUCUUGUCUUAGUUGCCACUUAUGACAGAGGGCAGAGGUAGAUAUUCUACCCUUGAAGUUUUAUUCAUUAAUGAAAGUUUUUAUCCAGGCUGUGUAGUACAUUAAUACCAGAAGAAACUCCUUGGCCAUAUGUGGCUUUUGUCUCAGAACUGAAAGUAUUUUUUUGUAAAUUAUAGGUUUCCUUUAGGAAUUUGUAGGAGUAACCUUUAAUGGUGUGGUUCUUUGAUUAUUAUGCACUUUUUGAAGAUUAGUUUUGGCUGUUUUAUAUGGGUACAUUCCACAUUUGUAGUUGAAUGUUGACUCAUUUCUUGGAACAACUGUUAAUUAUGUGCCUUUGUAUUCCUCUUAAUUAUGUUAGUGCCUCAAAGUGCCCUACUAUUGAUAGUUCCUCCUACAUAUUGAUUCUCAUUGUUGGAAUUUGGAAGGUUUUAUAAACAUGUUGCCAAUUUAUUAAAUCAAACCUCACAUGAAUAUCCCUCUUUGGCUCCUUCAUAUUGUAGCAGUGAGUGUUUGGCCUAAUUUCCCCCUAUUCCCUGAUUAAUUUUGUUUUUGCCAUUUUUGGUCAUGGUUCUGAAAUAACACUUGGGUAAUUAGGCAAUUUUAAACAGAUACAGGUAUUUAAAAAUCCCUUAAUAAUAUGACAAAAUUACAAGGUUACAUGCAAUGUUGUAUUAUAUGAUGCUCAAGUUUUCUAAUAUUAACUAAGUCAAGUGGUACUUCAGAAGCUAGGCCUGUGCCAGUACUGUAUAUAACAAGAGUCUGUAUUCCAUCAUGUUGUUAUUAUCGAGAUGAUGUGUAUAGGGUGUUUGGCUGCUGUACUUGAAAUUUUUCUGCUUAAUGUUCAAAACUAGCCACUAUCAUAACCAGUUUUGCUCACUCGCAUUACCUGUUACUGGCGUUUUAAUAGGUAAUAAUGCAUUCAAGUAUGUACAUAAAAAAAAAGAUGGCUUUGCCGUGCUAUGAAGAUAGGCAAUACAAUUCUGACAAUAUCAGGGAUGGAUCAAGAGUUGAGUCAGUAUGGUAUGCUGUAGUUGUACAGGAAAAGGGAUAAUCUGUAAGGUAUUUAAAAAAGAACCUUAGAGAUGUAAGGAAUAUAAUAUUGAAAAUCUUCAUUUUGAAUUUUGAACCAGGUGUGAAGCAAACCUAAGAAAUGCUUUGAAGAUCCACCUCUGUAUGUCAGCUGUUAAUCUCUGCUUACUUUAUGGCUUUUGUCACUUAAGAAAAAUAUUAUAUGCAUAUGUUACAGCCAAAAACUCUAUACCAUUGGCUUGCAACUGGGUUUAGACUGGCUCUCCAAGUAUUAGUUUCAAUGUGUUAUUAAAAUUACUGAUUAUUAUAAUUAUUGACUAUUGGCUGUUAGUAAGAGGAGUAAAUGCUUAUCAACUUAAAAUGAUUAAUAAAUUCUUUUGGGAUAUUACAACAAUAGUGAUCCAUGACUUGGCUUUUACAGUAUAUUAUUAAAAAAAAAUGCAUUUGUUGAACAUUUUGAGAGAAUAAGCUAAAUAUGCUGUUAGUAACAAUUGAAUGAUGGACUAGUUAAGGACUUUGAAUGCUGCCUUUGUUAUGGUGAAGGUGAACCAGAGUGAUACUGUUAUGCAUUUACAAUAUAUGGGAAUAAAUACUUAGUUUAUUGGUUCUUGACAGUUGAUGAGUAACUUAUUUUCAGAAUAUAUGAGUCACAAUGCAAUUCAUGUAUCCUAUUUAAUAUUUAUAAUGAAAUGUCUGUGGGUUUGGUAAAUACUGUAUAUUUCACUCUGUUUGCAUUUCAGAAAAUUAAAAUAUAUCAAUUGUUAAAUACAUAAUAAGUACUACUGAGUAUGUUAGUUGUGUAUUAAAAAUUAAGUUUUGGUGAAACCAGCAGACAGAAUUGCAUGGCUCAGUCAGAGCAGGGGAAUUGAAAUACUAAAAUCUACAUAGUACACAGGAGUCCAAGGAGGUGAAUUUUGACCCAAUUUGUCGGCUGUAGUUUUUAUAUCUUUUUAGAUGUAAAUUUUACAUCAUACUGGCUGAUGGGGGUUAAGGGUCACUCAGUAUACCAGACUGUAUCAUACCCAAUUAUAUUCCACUUGCUAAGAAUGUACAGGUUUGGUUGUUGCAUAAUUAUGGUUCAGCUAGUCACAAAGGGGAGAUAUACUUUUUAUCCUUUUUUUUUUUUUUAUUAUUGUUACUAUUUGAGCAAGUGCUUUCUUUCCUUUCAUUGGAUUUGUAUAUAUCAUUUUCUAAAACCAGCAAACAAAUAAAAAGUUGCCUGAACAUUUUGUACUUAGCUACCACAGUGCACUAUACACUCAGCCAACUUGUUCAGUCAUAUUCAUUUUCCCUCGAGUAAAGAAAGCAUCCUUGUUAUCACAUUCUAUGAACCUCCUCAUUAUCUUGCUUAUUGAGGGGAAACCCUGAACAAAGUUGAAGGAACCUUCAUGAUUCCAAAACUGUUUGUACAGAUUAUGAAAGAACAUGGGUAGUUUCAUUAAGAGAUAGAAUUCACUGUGCAUGUGCUCCUUGCUAUUGUUUUAACCUACAAAGUUAAUUUCUCAUUAGGUUGUUUAAAAAUGAGAUAAUGAAGUAAACAUAUUGUAUAUUAUAUAACUGAUAUAAUAUUAUGAGCCUCAGGUGAUAUAAUAUGAGAGUCAAGGGCACUGUAUGUACAUGGAUUGUUGAGUGUGAGUUGCCUGCCUGGGUACCACCCUAUUUUGAUACAUUUUUCAGUGUCAUUAUAUAUAGGCAGAGGACCCUGUGAAUGGGGACUUGAAAUAAAUCUAAACCUGUAA